UCAUCAUCAAACAACAAACACCGCAGCACCGUACUGACAAGCACACAGACACACGGCGCCGAUCAAAUGGAGGAGAGCGGUGGCUGCUGGAGGUGGCAGGUGGAUGAGCGGGCGGCGCUGAUGCGCGUGCCCGCCGGUGCAUCCUUUGCACUGCAUGGCGACUAUACCAUCACCGUGCUUCGUGGCGAGUUUGAUGUCUGUGGCACGGCUCUGAGCCGCGCAUGCGCGCCGCUGGCCAUCUCGGCUGCCUUGACGGCAUCAGCACCAUCCAUACUGUGCACGAGCAAUGCACUGCGCGAGGAAGGCACUGGCGGCGGUGGCCAUGAUGACGCUCAUCACGCGGGCAACAGCGACGAAGACACCGCCAAGCUCGUGCAUCUGUGCCAGCACAUGAUGCAGGAGAUCGAAGCCGGGGCAAGCACGGCCGCACCUCAUCAUGCAGCCAGUGCUCCUCCGUCAACAGCAGCUCCGACACUGACUGAAGCAUCCAGCCAGCAGCAGCAGCAACUACAACAACAGAUGCAGGAGCAACAGCAGGAGCAACAGCAGGAGCAACAGCAGCAGGAGCAGCAGCAGCAACAACACCAACACCAGGUGCAGGGGCAAGCACGAUGGCGCGGUACGGCUGGGUUCGUGGCGGUUGUGCUGGCCAACCCGUCUGACGUCGCUCUGGCGUUUGCGCACAACAACAUCUAUCCGCAGGCGUUCAAAGCCCUCACGAGGGACUCCGUCGCUGUUCAUGCAAACAGCAUCGACGAUGAGGAUGCUGCUCAGGCGCCCCGCCCCAAGGCAAGCAAAAGCAGCACCGCUGCUGAUAAUGACACAGGUGAUGCGACAGCAGGGAGCGCCGUGCAGCCUGGAUCGCAGCUGCUUCCGGGCUUGCUCGUGGCGUCCCACGGUACCAUCAUUGAUGACAAGCUUCGAUCAUUUGCCGACCAGCUGCUGGCGACACGCGGACGUAACCCACCAUCUGUCCUGCUGUGUGGUGCCAAGGGUGCCGGCAAGUCGACCACCCUGCGCUAUCUCGUCAAUCGCCUGCUGUCGCGCUUCCCGCGCGUUGCCUUGCUGGAUGGCGACAUCGGCCAAGCGGAGUGCACGCCCCCGGCCACCAUCAGCCUUGUCAUGAUCACGGAGCCCCUCUUCUCCUCCCCCUUCACCCACAUCAAGACGCCUGCUGUGUCGUUCUAUCUUGGCGACGUGUCCCCGAAAGACUUCCCUCUGCAAUACUCCUCGGCGAUCGCUGGCGCCUUUGAGUUCUACAGGCAGCACUAUGGGGACGCGCCGCUGGUGAUCAACACAAUGGGAUGGGUCAAGGCGCUCGGGCACGUGCUCCUCGGCGAACUUGUUGCCGUCACCCGCCCGAGGCACAUUGUUGAGCUCUUGCUAUCCAAGCCCAUCAAGAACUUGGAUCCACCACUUGAACAAGGCCUGCCACGUACGCCUCUGCGCGACUGCAAUAUUGUCCGGAUUUCGUCGGUGACGGACACUGGCUCUGUUUCGCCAUCAACAACGACACCAGCGGACCUUCGCGGAAUGGCCAUUGCAAGCUACUUCCUGGCGCAAGGCCCACUCGCCAGCCCCUUUCGCUCCCUGCUUGAGCAGCCGACCUACGCCGUCUCGUUUGACCAAGUCGCUGCUGUCCUGUUUGACCCUGUUCCCCCGCAGCACGCGCUGUAUUCGCUCAAUGGUGCACUCGUUGGGCUUUCCAUGGUUCCACCAGCCCAACGCUUGACGCACCUUGCCACGGUGUCGGGCCAUCGCGUCCGCCUCACGUUUGCCAACGACCCCGUCUCCAUCGUCGGCUUUGGCAUCGUCCGCGCGAUUGACACUGAAGCGUCGGGAACGUUCCACAUCAUCACGCCUGUCCCGCCAGCAUGGCUCGAGUCUGUUGUGACGCUCAUCCACGCCCGCCUUUCGCUCCCGCACCCCUUGAUGCAGCAGCAGAUGGCGACCGUGCCGGAGGGCGCGCCUGUGCCAUACAUGUCGGGCGACUUCUCUGGUGCAGCUGUUCAGGGCAGGAAAGCACGCACGACCCGGCAAAAUCUGAGCCGAAAGCGACUGCAAUAGUAAGGGAGGGUGCUUGGCUGCAAGCCGUGCUGAGCUGAGUUGCAGCAAACACCGUCACGUCGUAGGUUCGUGUGUCGUGUGUGUGUGCGUGUUUGGAGUGGAGUAGGGGGAGAGAAGAGAACAGGCUUCGAGUAAAAGAGGCGAACGCGCA